AUGGCAAGCAAAAGCCCCGUUGCGAGCGACAUUACGUCGCCAGGCUCUCACAAUGAAGACCAUGCGACAACCGCCCCAGCUGGGACCGUGGUUCAGUCACAAGGCGUAACUCGCAUGGAGGCCAUCUAUCGCUCGACCAAGACAAAUAAGAAGACCUUGUGGCUGGUCGGAGGUUCCGUCUUGGUUUGCGCCUGGGCGUAUUCCUUGGAUUUUGCAACAACCAACAACUACGCGGUUGACGUCUCCUCGUACUAUCAUCAGCAUAGCUCGGUUCUCUCAACUCUGGCCAUUGUCACGAACAUUAUUAGCGCCGUUAGCAAGCCGUUUAUUGCCAAGAUUUCCGACAUUACGAGCAGGCCAUACACGUACAUCUUGGCGCUCAUGUUUUAUGUCGUCGGUUACAUUGUCGCGGCGACUUCGCAAUCCAUCUCGGCGUACGUCGUUGGUGAAUCAUUUGUCGCCUUGGGAAGCUCUGGCAUCGACCUUGUCAACGACAUCAUCGUGGCCGAUCUGACGCCGCUAGAAUGGAGGGGAUUUCUGGGAGCGCUGCUCUCCACGCCAUUCAUCAUCAAUACCUGGUUUGCGGGAAAGAUUGUACAGGCAAUGCUGUCCAGGAAUCAGUGGAGAUGGGGCUACGGAAUGUUUGCCAUCAUCAUGCCGGUGGCCGUGGGCCCAGCCAUUGCCACACUGAUCUAUCUCGACCGAAAGGCGAAAAAGACUGGUGAGGUAAACCUCGCAUCGAGCGGCGAAGCCCAUCGCGUAGAGAAGGAGGCUGCGGAUCAAGCCGCACGCGGUGAGACAAUGGUCGACACGGUGACAAUGGCCAAGCCCGAAGGAAGCUGGCUCAAGAAGCUCCGCCGCGGAUUAAUCGAGAUUGACGCGUUUGGUCUGCUGCUGCUUGGCUUUGGCUGGACUCUUUUGCUGCUUCCAUUCUCGUUGAAGACGUACGCACGGAAAAGCUGGGCUAAUCCUUCCCUCAUCUCCAUGUGGGUUGUCGGAGGUUUAUUGUUGAUUGCCUACGUGAUAUAUGAAAUCAAAUGGGCAAAGAUGCCCAGUGCGCCGAGACGGUUGGUAUUCAACAAAACUUUCAUUGUCUGCGUCAUCAUCGAGGCAUCGUAUUUUGUUUCCGGGAAUAUGCGAGGCCUUUACUGGUCUUCGUAUGUCUAUGUUACGAAGCCAUGGAGCUAUCAGAACUGGGUUUACUAUAACAACUCCCUGACUCUUGCUCUCUGCGUGUUCAGCCCUCUUGCUGGAGCUUUGCAGCGAUGGACACAUCGCUACAAGACGAUUUGCAUUAUUGGUCUCUGCAUCAAGGUGAUUGGUAUGGGCAUCAUGCUCAACGGACACAAGGCAACCGUCAGCACCGGGGCGUUGGUCAUGACGCAGGUCCUCAUCGGCGGUGGUGGUUCCUUGGCUGUAGUUGGAACUCGCGUGGCAUCUCAGGCCAGUGUGCCACACCAAGACGUAGCUCUCACUAUUUCGCUCCUUGCUUUAUGGUCUAGUAUUGGGAGGAGCAUUGGAAGUGCCAUUGCCUCCGUUAUAUGGGCCAACCAAAUGCCAAAGCAGCUUCGCAAGUAUCUUCCAGCCAAGGCCACAGACAGGGAUGUUCAAGCUCUGUUCAAUGACAUCAAAAAGCUUCGCACAGCCUAUGCUUUUGAUACAGAUAUGAAGAAGGGAGCCAUCGAAGCUUACCAAAACGCCCUCUACUAUCUCCUCGCUCCUGCGCUUGGGCUGGCGUUUGUUCCCUUGAUUGCAGCUUUCUUUAUGAGCAAUUUCUAUCUUGGGAAGCAGCAAAAUGCUGUGACGAAUGUGGGUGUUGAUGGACUGCCUCUCGAUGAGCAGGAUCGAAACCCUGAGCCGUCCCACAAGCCUUUGAAGGAGAAAAUCAAGGGGCUUUGGAAGGCCUAG